AUGAGUGCAGCGCAAACUUUGACAGCGUUGGCCGAAAGUGCUCGAGAAACUGAACAAUAUGAGCUUGAGCAUUUAGAACAAGAGUCCUCGUUUGUGACUGCAAUGUCACCUUCAUCCGUUCUUUCAAUCACAUCACCACGUCUAUCACCUGUUGUAGCAGUCGAAGGACGUGUGUUUCGUCGACUUCAACGGUUCCACUUGCUACCAUCGGAGCUUAAAGCACAAUCGGACAUGGUUGCGACAUACUUGUUGGCACCGAAAGUGCGUUUCCAUGUCUUUGAACAACGUAAGCAUUGGUGGCAGCAUCCGCUCCAUUUGGCAAAGGCUGGACAGGGAACAUUUGUACAAGGUCGUAAGCUUAUUAAGGCCAUUCUGAAGUAUCUCGUGCUGUCCAAUGCGGCCAGAAAUACUCUUCGUGAUGCUCAGCAGCUUGCAGAAGGGCUUGUGCUAAGCGGUUUCUUGUCACCAGUUGAUGAGACCCCUGAAGCUGACGAGGAAUUACUUGAAGAGCUUUACGUAAUGGAUGACGACUAUUAUGAGCUCGUAGCUCCAGGUGCUAACGCAAUUGUUUCGAUUCCUUAUGUGGCAGCUUCCGCUACUGUUGAUAACAGUUCAACAAACCUCUUGCCCGGUGCCAUUGUUUCGCCCGUUCAGCCACAUCAAUCGCCUACGAACCGUAAGAAGGAAUCAUGUCAAUUUAACGACACGCUCUCGGUCUGGGCGGUGACUGACGGUGCAAUUCGUGCCGGGUUGAUACAGCGUCAAGUGAAAGGGUCUCCCGUACGAAAUGUGCUCGGAAUUGCAACAAAGUCAAAACGUUGCUACGCUGUCGUGAAUACGAAACACCACUUGCUGGUGUUGUUUGAGACAGACGUGGCAAGACGCGAGCUUGUACGUGUGAAUCUUACUGCGGCUACAGUGGAGUACUCGGGUGUCAAUGCUCUAAAAGUUUGCAAUUGUGGUGGUGAUCGCAUAGGUAUCCACUCGAACGACGAUGCAGUGGAGAUUCUCGUCUUGCAAAACAAACCCGAACAAGAACAGUGGUUGUUGGCGCUAUUGGAUGCUGGUGCUGCAUUCAUUGAGACCCACCCUGCAAUUUUGUCAUUCGCUGCCUCGUCAGCUUCCCUCUACUCUUUGCAAGACAAGGAUGCAGUGGGCAACACCGUGUACUUGUCACAGCUACGUGGUCACGUGGCUUUGCUGACAAAUGUGGCCAGUAGUUCCUGUACCACCGACACGGAGCAACUUAUGGAACUGGCAGAGCUAUCAACGGAGUAUGGAGACGCAGGCCUGAAGGUGGUGGCAUUUCCUAGUGCUCAGUUUGGAGAUGCGGAAUUUGACAAUGAUCAAGAGCUCGUUGAGCGUUUUGGAGAACUGUUUGGUGUCCGCUUUUCAGUGCUGGCCACUCGCGACGUGAACGGGCCAAACGCACGCGAUGCAAUGAUUUUUUGUAAAACGCGACAGCCAGGGCCUGCUAAGUCUCCUGCGAACGCAUUUAUUGAAAACAAUUUGGUCAAGUUUCUCUUUGAUCGCGAAGGUCGGUUGUUCAAGCGGUAUCCCCCAAGCUACUUACCUCUAAGCAUGGAAACGGACAUUCAUACCCUUUUGAAGGCGCCACCACCAUCGAAGAACGACCUGAACCCCAGCUAG